GCAGAUGAUGAGUUGAAUAUUACUAUUGAUGUGGAAGACCAAAAACCUGCUGAAUCCAAUAAUCAGACAACAACUCCCAUCAUGAGAAGUGUGUCUCAUCCAGACACAGAAUCUCUCCAAGCACUUAGAGAGGAAUUCUUUUUAUUAGCUGGGAAAAGCUAUCUCAAGACUACACCACCACAGAACAAGGAAGAGCGAGAUGAGUUCAUGGAGUUCUUGGAAAACCUGGGAGCUUUCAUGACACGUGCUCGACAAGGAAGUUUGGUGAUAACAGUGAAGUGUAAAUCUCUCCAGAUCUUGGAGGAACUGUGGAGAGAAUAUUUAUCUGGUCACAUGGGUGAAGUGGUUCAAAAUUGUUUCGUCACAGAAAAGAUCUUGAAGGAACUGAACCUGGCAGAGCUGAAGCUGAAAACAACAAUGGACAUAGAAGAGUACAAUGCAUGCAAAUUGUACUUAGAGAAAGUUGCACUCAGAGAUGCUUUGUCGGCUCAGUCAUACUUCAUAAGUACUGAAGAUGAAGCACAGUUAGAAAGAAGGAGACAGAACACAGAAAUUGUGGAGUCGGAGGAAGUGAAAAGUAGUUCACCCAUUCUUGAAAUGUCCACCACUGGUCAUGAUAAAGAAGGAGAAGGACCACAAGAAACUAUGAAAGGUAGUUUACCUGUUCCUGAAUCUUCAACCAGUGAUCUUGUGGAAAAAUUACCAGAACUAUGCAUGGAACUUAUAAGGCCCGGAAUGGGAGAUGGCUACAUUGACGCUUACUUUGUCACAGAGUAG